AUGGAUGAAGGUGACGGAAGAAAAUGGAUGCGAUAUGGAGAUCCGCCUGAAGGCCAGAGUAUGAAUAAAAUGAAUACUCUCCUCAGAGGACUACAUGAUUUUUUGCAUAGAGAGGACAGUCCUGUGGGGAAAAACAAAGCGGAAAAUUCACAAGAGACACUGAAUUGGAUUCCAUCAUUUCGAAGCUAUGAAGAUUUUAUCCAGAAGACACUACAAUCAUUGGAUGGAUUUAUGAUAAUAGUGAGCACAGAUGGAAUUAUAAUUUCUGUGACCCAUGACAUCACUUCACUUCUUGGCCAUUUACCUAAUGGCAUCGUGGGUAAAACCUUCUUAAGCCUUCUGCCUGAUGCUGAGAAAAGUGGAGUAUUUUCAAAGAUGGCUUUCAAAAUUCCUGUGUCAAGCUCAGUUGGAAAACAUAUUGACUUUUGCUGUCAUUUCAAAAGAGGAGAUGCUGAAUCCAGUAACACCUCUGCUUAUGAAUAUGUUAAAGUCAUCCUGACUCUGAAGGAUGUUUCUAGUGAGCCUCCUGUGAUGUUCCGCAGCUGCUUCUCCAAAUAUACCUGUGAGUCACCUGCCGUAAAUCUUCCUUUGGAGGAUUCCUAUUACCUGGUGGGGACCAUUUGUGUUCUUAGGGCUCAGAUUCUACGGGGCUUUUGCAACUUAAAUGAGUUUCGUGAAGUUGGUCCAUUGGUCCCAAAUUCAGAUGCAGAUAGGCCAUCUGAGGGCCACAGGAGCGUUCAAGAAGAAAGAAGAUGUUCUGGAAUGGAAUCCUCAGAACAUGAAAUUGCUGAUGCAGAAGAACCAGUAAAUGCUAUAGAGAUUGAACUUUCUGAAUCAUCAGAUUCUACUGACGCCUUUAAUGUAAAUCCUGUUAUGUCUGAUGCCUCCAACUCAAUGUCCUUGACAAGCGUAUCUGCAUCAUCUG